GAAGAAAGGAGCAGGGCGGGGUGACGCUAUGGGCUCUGGCGCCUACCUGCGGGCAGCGCUUGCAUCCGCGCGCGUGGCAGGGAACACUAGCCCCAGCGCUUCCCCUGCCGCCUGAGGGCGUCCUUUCUGCUCAGGAGCCCAAGAUUUGUGCAGCGCCAGCCCGCUCUCUGCUCUCUCAGGCUUCUGGUGCCUACAGGCAGCACAUGCUUUCAGGGACAAAAGCCAAGAUGGAUAUUCAGACAUGGUAUUUGAAAACUUCAAAGCUGGCGCUGGCUUUGGCGAUUAUCCACUCAAAACCAGCAGACAGAAGCAGCAGAGAAUAUACAGAGCACCUUGCCACCUUGGUGACCCAGCAGGAGUCCAAAUGGAAAUCAAAAGUUGAAGCUUUAGAAGCUGAAGUUCUGCUAUUACGUCAAAAACUGUUCCUGAGUAGGAUUUCUUCAGGAUUGCUUAAGAAUGGACAUGAUGUGUUCCCCCCGUUGCCAGAUCAGGAGCCUACAAGUUCUGAAAACACACUGGCUUUGAUGGAUGACUCUGGAUGUGUUUUAUCAAAUGAGCAAAGAAGUGACUCUGCAGAGCUGUCCCAGCAUGUUGUGGAGAGCUGUAGUCCCCCAUCCCUUCUACCACUGCCUCUUGAGAAAAAGCCGUGCACCACCCUGGAGAAUCCUCCAUCUUCUCACUUGCAGUUCUUGCAACAUCUGCUCGAACUGAAGAAACUGAGAGAAUCCAGUAGUCUGAAAGUGUACUUAAUCCACUUUGAAAAAGACUCCUCCACAGUUUCUGAUUCUGUUUCACAGUUGUUAGAUGGCCUGAUCACGUUUUACCGCAACCCCAAACUCCCUUUCUCAAGCUUUUGGACGGAAGCUGUUGCUACAUUAGCUAGACUGGCGAGUGAUUUUAAUUUCUCUAAUCAUAUUCUUAAAAAAUGUUCAAAGAAGUUGGAAGAAUUUGAGAAAACUCUACUUCAGGCUAUUUUAGGGAACAGCAGUAUAAACCGGUUCCAGGUGCAGCAUUAUGUCUCUCAGAGUCUCGUGACCCUAGGAAGUUGCAGCUUGUUGAGGAAGUCUAUUAUAUUGCUACUACUAUCCGAAGUGAACAGUUUUGUGGAUGACCUGGGAGCCAUCAAUCAGGUUCAAGGCAAUUAUGAUGUGACACGCUAUGAAAAUAUUUUCUCUCUGUUCUGGAUUCUGGAGCAACUUCUUCAACAAGAAACCCAGGGAGAUCCCACUUUACACAUUGAUCACAGCAUCCCAGAAAUCCAGACAUUUCUUCAGAAGCAUGAUGAAACCAUCUUCCAACUUUCAGAUGCGUUUCCUUUAUUUACUUUUUACUUAUGGAGACUGGGCAUUCUCUUGAACUCAGAAGAGAUGGAGACUGUUGAGAAUGAGUCAUUUCCUUAGCAGUCUACCGUAUAUCAGAAAGUGGUGUGCUUAAAUUUUUUUCAAAGAUGUUUUUAAAUGAGUAAUUUAAACUGAUUGACCAACCUAAUUAUUAACUAAAUUUAGUGGUAAGUCUUUUACAGAGGAGAAGAUGAAUCGCUGUUCUAUAUUACAAUCAGGCAAUUUCAGUUAACAAUGCCCCUCAUACUCAUGCAUUGUAUUUUACUUCACUCAAUAGUCUAGCUUUGUUCUCUAAAAUGGACCAACAAUCGUCUAUCUAGUAAUAUGUAGUAAAUUGUGAAAAUUUCCAUCUGAUAUAAAUGUACAAAUUAUAAAGAAAUACAGAUUAAACUUCUGUCAUUUAACACAUUUAAAUACAAGGUUUCAGUAAAUGAUAAAAAAUAAAAAUUUAUUCUGCAGUUGUACUCAUGUCAUUUUCCUCUUGAAGAAUAGUUCUACAAAAGGAGAAAAGGCUUUGGAAACAAAUGGUUUUUAAUUUCACAUAAUCAACAUAUUUGUUAAGUAUUUUUGAAGUAUUAAUUAGUUCUUUAAAAUGUCUGUUUUUAAAACAAAUUUUCUGUUGAUUAAAAACAUUAUUGCCCCUGUGAUUGUUAAAAUGUUGUAAAGUUGCAUAUUAUUAAGUCAUUAGGGAUGCUUUUGUAAAUUUUAAUAUCCUCCAAGAAAUACACUUUAUACUUAUUAAAAGUACUGGGUUGAAUUUUUCCAUUACCCAAUUUUCUUUACUUCAUUUCAGUUAUUAAAAUUAUAACAGACAAGCUUAAUGAGCAUACAUUUUGUACUUUUCUAUUGUGCAAUUUAAAGCAAAUAUAAUGUAAUUUUCUUUCCUUUGUUAAUUAUGUGCAAUUCUGUUUUAUAAGUUAAUUAUCAUUUCCAGAUGUCAUUAGUACUAAAAAAUAAACUUUGCUAUUUUCUUCUAUAAUGUAUAUAAAAUUAUAUCAUCUUCUAGGAUUAUUUUUGGAAUUAUUUACCAGGAAAUCUGUUAUAAAAAUAACUCUGCAAGAAAUGGCUGCAUAAACAAGACCAGAAAAUGGCAAUAUCAAUGGACAUAUUAACAUGGAAGGGAGAAAAUUUCCUGGGGUCUCACCCCUAGAUAAAGAACUGGAGGCAACUAAUGACUGGAAAAGGAGAAUUAGCCUGCCACAGUGAUGAGCCCCCUUAUUUGUUAUCCAAUGCAAAGUGCUCAUUUCUGAAACCACACACACACACCACACGGAUGCAUGCACACGUACACACACACACAUACACACACUAAAUGAACAGAUGCAGCUCUAUUUAUAUAUUUUUGAAUGUAUUUAAC